AUGUCGAAUACGGACGAAUUUAGCGGAGAGAAGGGGACGAAACGUGGUGGGAGGGGGAGACGUGGUAAAAGAGGGAGCAGUGGCAUGAGACAGGAGAGAGAGACAAGCGCUAGUAGCAGAGUCGGAGCAAGCAGAGGUGUAAGCGAGAGCCGGGGGAGAAGUGGCAGUCGGGGAAGAGGCAGGAGUCAGGGGAGAGGUGGAAGCCAAAGAGGGAAAGCGCCAAAGGCAUCAAUCGAAGACAGGCAGCGUGUUAAGGAAAAGAGAAAUGAAGCGAAAGAGAGAAUGAAGGAUGUGGUGAAAGCAAUGGAUGUGGAAAGACUGAGGGAGCUGGUCAGCUCAUAG